CCUUCAUCAUCUCUUCCUCCCUUCGCACAGCCUCUCGUUAUAAUUUCUGUUUCCUUUCCCUCGUAAAACCUCCCUCGUCGGAACAAAACAGACCUCGCCAGCGAAAUGAUGCCUGCUUCACGUCCUCGGAACCCUAACUGCUUUUAACUGAAUCUUCUACUACUUCUGUCAACUGCCAUGGCGGACUUGGCAGUUACCAGUCCUUGUGUUUCUUUCUCCAGGCCAACCGCCAAACCCAGUAGUUUUCUGAAAGAGUUGCACUCCUCGAAGUUGAAUUCAAAGUUGGGUUUCAAUUCGAUUCCGUAUUCGAUCAGAAGGGAGAGCGGUUAUUGUGCUUGGCGUCUGAAGGUGGGGCGGAGCUUUAAUGGCGGGUCGUCGUCGUCAUUUGCUUGCUCGACGUCUCCGUAUGUAGGAAGAGUGGGAGCGCAGAGAAGAGAAGGGCAUGCUUCUGUGUUGUCGCUCGGGACAAACCCUAGAGAGCACGCGAAGAACGAUUCUUCUCAGGCUUUGUCAGCAAUGCUUCCCUUUGUUGUCGCUGCGACCGCUGUUGCUGCUCUUGUUCAGCCUGCAACUUUUUCUUGGGUAUCAAAAGAUUUAUAUGCCCCUGCUCUUGGUGGAAUCAUGUUAUCAAUCGGAAUUCAACUGUCCAUCGAUGAUUUUGCUCUUGCAUUUCGAAGACCUUUACCACUAUCAGUUGGGUAUAUUGCACAAUAUGUGCUGAAACCGUUGUUGGGGGUGUUGGUUGCAAGGGCAUUUGGGGCACCCCCAAUGUUCUAUGCUGGUUUCAUCCUCAUGUGCUGUGUUGCGGGUGCCCAGCUGUCAAGCUAUGCCAGUUUUUUGAGCAAAGGGGAUGUAGCCUUAAGCAUUCUGCUGACCAGCUCAACUACAGUAUCAUCUGUGGUUGUUACACCAAUUUUGACUGGCCUGCUCAUUGGAUCUGUUGUUCCAGUUGAUGCAGUGGCCAUGUCCAAGUCAAUAUUGCAGGUUGUUCUUCUUCCUGUCGCUCUUGGACUUGUGCUUAAUACAUAUGCCAAACCAGUUGUUGGUGUCAUUCGACCUGUGAUGCCAUUUGUUGCCAUGCUUUGCACUUCACUCUGUAUUGGAAGUCCUCUUGCAAUUAAUCAGAGCCAGAUUUUGUCUGCAGAGGGUCUCCGAUUAAUUUUACCUGUAUUGACAUUUCAUGCUGUGGCAUUCACCGUGGGAUACUGGGUUUCUAAAAUCCCACAUUUGAGGCAAGAAGAAGCAGUUUGCAGGACAAUCUCGUUAUGCACAGGAAUGCAAAGCUCCACCCUUGCAGGACUUCUUGCCACCCAGUUCCUUGGGAGCAGCCAAGCAGUCCCCUCUGCAUGCUCUGUUGUUGCAAUGGCUAUCAUGGGCCUAUGCCUUGCCUCUUUCUGGGGCAGAGGGUUCCGAAUAAGAGAUCUACCAUAUGUGCUACUCCCGCCAACCAGCUCAAUCGUCAAGGCUUAAUGCUAACUUUUAGAAGUAUUUUGAAUAACAGUGCCCCACAAAUUCAAACCAUCAAGCACCCUCAAGAAAAGAAAGCACCAGAGCUCAGCCAGUCAUACUGAACUGAAUUSCAGAAAUAGAUACUGAUAAAAUCAGGUUGGGCAGCAUGUCAUAGUACAAUUGUUACAAUAAUGGCCAACGGUCUCUAUUCAUCAAAAGAAAAAAAAGGCCAACGGUCUGCUAACAUGCCAUGGAAUGAUGGAAGAGAGACAARUCCUGGUACUGAUGGCAUAGUAGUAAAACAUAUAGAGAAAGGAAGACGACAAUAAAGUGAAAGAUGUAGCCGGGGCACAUGGGUACGUACACCUGAAGUAGUUAUUAAGUUUUGAGGUUUUACACCGUUUUGUAGUUGCAGUCUCUCGCAGAUGAAUUAUAUUUUGUAUCUGCUGAAUUUUCCACUUUAAUUUGUACAUAAAAUAUUUGUUGGAACGUUGAUCAGGCCAAGUAUGAUUAAUGUGAUUUUUUUUCUUCAUAA